AUGGUUCCAUCAACAACCGGGGGGUAUAUCCACUGGACCACCACCACCACCACCCCCAACCCCAACCCUAACCCCAACCUUACCUCCCCCGACGCCUUUCCCAACCCCAACCCCAAGCCCAAACCUUCAAUCCCCACACAAACCCUCCCCCUCUCCCACCUCCGCAAAUCAGGCAAAGCUUUCUGCUGGCUCGACCUCGAACCCCUCGAUUCCAGCGCCGACGACUAUUUCGCCGCCGCCGUGGUCGUGCAAAAGGCGCUCGAGAUUAUUCGGAAUUGCUUCGUGAAGGAUAUGGGUGGGCGCGUCGUGCUGGGGCCGAAGGGGGUGGUGGCUUUGCGAUUUUUGGGGUGGGGAGAGGGGGGAAAUGGGACGGAUGUGCAGGAGGGUGGUAGCGGGACGGGGACGGGGACGGGGACGGGGACGGGGACCGGGGUGGAGACGUAUCGAGGAUGA